AUGUCAAUCCGUCGUCCACCCACCUUCAUCACCCUCAAGCCCUCUGACGUAGCCGAAAUGCAGGCCUUCGUCCAAGCCCGCCAGGAAGCUCGAGAAGCCCAAGCGGACGAUCAACCCACCUCGGAUCCUAAUGCCCCUUCUUCCUCGACAGCGGCCGAUCAUAAUGACGCCAAGCGGAAGAAAAAGAUGGGCGGCGCGGACGGGAUGGCGAAUGAUACGCAGAGUGAGACGAUCAGGGCGAGGAACGAGAGGAUUGGCCUUUGA